AGUACACAACAUUACGUAGUGUGACACAGGUCUUGCAAAGACGCCAGUUGGACCAGUGAAGUCUUAGCCACGCACUGAGUCACGCGUAUACUCGCUACGUAGUAGUGAAACAUUUUGUGUUUAAAUCGUAAGGUAAAGCUCGAACAGGGACGCUAUCAACGACUGGCUGUUUUAUAUGAGCUGCGGAGUUGCACAAAUUCAAACUGGACCAAACACGGCGCCGGCGCAGUGAGAACGAGUAUCGACGAUGGAGCAAUACCUGGCCAUGGUGACUUUGUCUCUGAUUACAACAGGUGUAUCUGCACUGCAAUGUUACCAAUGUUUAAUCAAUCCCCAACCCGGGGAAUAUUAUAACACAACGAAGAGACUGUGCGUUCACUUCGAUUACUCAGACAAAUUCAUUGUUGACUGUCCAUUCUCUACAAUGUGUAUGAAGAAGGACUUCUACCUUGAUAUUCAGAAUGGAGUCAGAAUAAACGCCGUCCUUCGCGAUUGCGCUCAACAGAAAAACGAAUAUCAGGAUUAUAAGAACGGCAAGUGGUCUCCGAAGACUGAGGUUGUGGAGGCUUACGAAGAGGGUUGUACGUCUGACAAUAGAGGAGAUAAAGCUGUUGUCAAUAAAUAUUGCUACUGUCGCAGUGAUCUAUGCAACUCUUCAAACACAAACCACGAGGGGUAUACAGACAUAAUGGGAGUAAUUGUCGUAUUUAAUUUAAUGAAAUACAUAAAUAGUCUUAGGUAGUGAGAAUAGGAUUAAGACCAUUUAAAUGUGCUUUGUGCCAAGCGGUUAGCUACCUCAAACUGGAGUCAUUCCUAGACGCUAACUUAGAACUUUUUUCUUGUAAAUAGAAUUAUAAGCUAUCGGCAUUGGACAAAUAUAUGUAAACGGCCUACAAUUUACAUUGCACAGUGGUCAAGGCGCUUGGUUGCUCCAAUACAUGAAGAUCAUGGGUUGGACUUGCAGAGCAACCAGAUUUUUUGGAUGGAAGAAUAACCACAAAGGUUAAAUAAUGAUUAAUGAGAUCAAAAAUAUAUUUUUCUUAUUGGGUAUACGGAUACCCAACAUUUGAUAUUAAUACAUGUUUACCUCUACUGAGGGUUUUCCUAUACUUAAAUAGGGAAGUCCACAAGUGCUUGUGGUUAUAGAAUCCUUACAAAUAUUCAGUUUGGACACAUUACUAGGUAAAUGGACGAAUGUCAAACGGCUCCCAAACAACCGCAUAACGGUAAAUUAAAAAAUAAACUCCAAAUGCAAUUUAUAUUAGAAAAAAAAGAAAGCUAUGAAUCGCAUUAAAUUUUUGUACGAAGCAAGAAAGACCUCUCCCAACGUGCCAAUAGUUUAGUUGGAAGUGUUAAAUAACUAAGUGUUUAAUUGAAAUAUGUAUAUGUAAGUUAGUAAAAGUGCGCAAAUAUGCGUUAUGUGAUACUCGUUAUAGAUGUAAAUGAGGUUAUGUAUAUUGUAGACUAAUUACACUUUUAAAUCAAUGUUACUUAGCACGUCCUUUGUAAUUUUAUGCUUUAAAUUAAGGAAGUGAACCAAUUCCUACGUUCUAAUGAUAUGGAACUAAGUUGUAAUAAUAGAAAAGAUCCAGAAUAUAAGCCAACGAUAAACAUCAAUCAAUGAAAUUGUAAACCUUAAAGUAUAUAUAAAAUACUUAGUCGUUGGUACUUUAAAAAUAUGAUUUCACUAGACCUUAUGACAAUAUGUUCAUCUACAUAAAACCUGUGUAACACAAUAUACAUCUUUGAUCCGA